AUGGAGAACCCACUACAAAUCUUACAGGACAUCAGCUUCUCGACCUGGGUGGCUGUUAUACUUGGAAUAUUGGCGUUUCUGUACUGGCAAGGCGUGCGUUCUUACUACUCGAUUCUAGGUAGCUCUCCUCUACCGGGUCCCAGACCAUGGCCUUGGGUGGGUAACCUUCCUGAUUUUUUAAGAUAUGGCGGCAUGCACAAGAUGCUGCUAAAUUAUUUCUACAAGUACGGCCGCGUCCACACGAUAUGCAUCGGUAGGCAACCCGCCAUUGUGGUCACCGAUCCCGAGAUGAUAAAGCAAAUCACGGUAAAAGAGUUCUGGAAAUUCCCAAAUCGUCCUCCUUUCGUUCGACCGUCACCGCCCCUCGAUUCUGCCCUGUUCAUCGCCCGCGACGAUAAGUGGAGACGCGUCAGGAACACGCUCACUCCAACGUUCACCGCAUCCAAAUUAAAGCAGAUUGUUCCGAUCAUCGAAGAAGCUUCCAAUACUCUAGUAACGAAAAUGCAAAAGUUCUCUGAAACAGGUAAGGAUAAAUAAAACUAUCAGCGUGGCUGCGCAGCGUUGGUAAGCAUGACAAAUAAACACGCUGGCUGUAAGCUCUGGCUCUACACAACGCUAAUAUAUAUAUUGAUCGAAGGUUGUUCCAUCAUACACCAUACAGUCGAGCCUAGUAAUGCGGAUAUUGAGGGGACGGGGACCACAGGCAUUAGCUGUCCUCGUUAAGUGGGUGUCGUGUCCGUAUUCACGGGGUCGCGUAAAUUGAGACUAAAGGUCACCAAAAUACACCUUCUACUCUAACAAAAUGUGGUAUGAUGAUCCUUGAUCCUCCUGAUCCUUGCAGAAUUAGUCACGCAUGUAGCUAGCCGAAUCCCAAAUAUCAUGAUUCUCUGUUGUGGGACAGAACAAAUGAUCAAUGCAUUGUAAAGCUUCGUCCUCCGUCCUCAAAAGUUUGGUGAUCGUCUGAAAAGGAUUCCUAACUCCACAAGUGUCCUGAACUUUAGAAAGCCCCCGUACAACGCAUCGGUAUUAGUAUGCGUUGGGACAUAUCGUUGGCAUGAAAAAGCGCGUCGAUGCCAGGCUAUUUCCUUACCGGCCUCCCAUGGGGGAACACUCAAGGGAAGGAGUGGCGCGGAGGCUUAAAACCCGACCCUGUUUAAGACAAAAAUCGUCCUUUUACCUCAGACCUCAUGACCCUGGUUCAUUUCGCUUCACCGUACAGAAGUAAGUAAUUAUUUUAACUAACAUCAUGGAAUAAGAAUUGUUUUAUGAACAAAAACUUUGUUCGCACCACCGUAUGUAGACCGUUCGUCCGGGGGGGGGGGGGGGUACUCCCUUUUUUGGCCUAUACGGGGAUGUGUCGCUGGAUGGGGUCACCUCGUUCCCAGGCUCUCUCUCGCUCCGUAGAAACGGGUGGGAGAGAACCCUGGGAACGAGGUUGGAAUAGGGUAUGGUUUUUGACAUCUCUUUGCCGAGAAACGGCGUAUAUAAUUUCGAGUGAGUCUGUCCUAAACAGGAAAAAUAAUUUCGUGUGAGUCUGUUAAACUUAAAGGGUAUAUCCUACACGAUUGAUUUGAUUUCCUUGAUUGAAUUUUGUAUACGAAGUGACAAUAACGUGAUAAUUUACUCUGUUGCAAUUUCCGCAAUAAAACAGGGUAUUUCCAAAUAAACAGGGUAAUGAAAUUGAGGGUGUUGUCCUAAGAAGGAUAUGUAUCAUACAGACUUUUGUUCUUGGGCCAUCGUAGUUUGAUCAAGAAUAAAACACAAACAGCGAUGAUAAACAUUCUGACUUUUCGCAUUUUUAUAAACUUGACGAUUCGUAUGCUAUUCAACAUACAUUUUCAAAAGUGAUCUUAAGUGAACGUUAAUGAAAAUGACUAUAUAUUCAAGGGUAUGUAUUUUAGGACUUUUUGUGUCCUAAACAGGGUCAGGGUUUCAAACCCUCAGCGGCUCACCUAUACCCAAAUAUUGGUCGAGUUCACCCCCCGGGGGCGUCUAUUCCCAACCUUCACACUCAUUUAAAGGCUUCGGGUCCAAAAAUGCACCCAGAGCUCAUUUUUCUCAAGUUAGAGAUAAGCCUCUUCAAUUAAGUUAGUAGUUUCAAACGUCCAGUGCUUCGAGUUACUUAGGAUUCAAGUUAGCGGGAGUUAUAGGUACUACCAAUAUUAUGCUGCUUAUUUAGGUGAAAGCGUGGAAGUUGUUCAGUUGUUCAGCUUGUUUGCGUUGGACGUCAUCAUGAAAGCAGCCUUCGGAGUAGAGAGCAACAUUCAAGUAAAGCCAGAUCCAGUUUUCGUGGAGAAAGCCAGAUCCGUCUUCCAAACACCGCUCUGGGUUCGAUUCUUUUCCAUGUUUCCAUUUUGGGAGUACUUCAGCCGAUUCGUCAGCCCUCUGCAGAACGUUGAUUAUUUUUCAGCAGUACAGAAAGAGGUCCUUGACAGAAGACGACUGCAGGGUUUCAGUGGAAAUAGGGACCUGGUGCAGCUUAUGCUGGAGGCACACGAGGAGAACAUCGAUGGAGUUAGUAGACUCAGUGAUGACGAGGUUACGGCCCAGUCAGUGGCGUUUCUUGUGGCAGGCUACGAAACUACAGGUAAUAUGGUACACUGAAUAGUAAAGAAUCCCUGAGUACCGAAAAAGGAAGUCUCGCGCCCCUAUAACAAAGCACAAAUUUAGCCAAACUAAACCGAAGUUAAUGGCAUUAUUAUUGUUCACGUUCGCUAAUGAGAAGAUCAUUUUUAAAAUUGUUUCAGUGGAGCUCCGCGCGCAAAAUAUAUAUUGAGUCGAAAUGAAAAUAUAUGGGAUGCCAUCGUUCUUUGAUGGUUUGCAUUGAUGUAUGCCAUCUGUAUCAAAGUCGUCGACAGCUGUCAAAUGGAGCAUCUGCUGACCUUCUCAUAUGAUCGUAUCGCGGGUUUACUACUCACUACUCAUCAACGUCAUGUUUAUGAAUAUUUCAUUGGAUCGUGGGUCCAAGUUUUAAUUUCUAUGUAAGAUGAAUAUGUUUCGAUUUCAAUGGUUAAAAUUACUUCAAGACGAGGGUCUCUGAUUAUUACCAAUGGCAUCCCAAAUUACAGCUCCUGACUCCUGUCUUAUCCAUGAGCAACGAGGGAUCGGGGAACUGAUCUGAUGAAAAAAGUCAUGACAUCCUUAUAGCUGCAUGCGGCAAGGUUCAGCAACAUCGAGUGCAUCCUGAGUUGUUAUUCUAAUAGAUAGUGAAAGGUGAUUUUGAUUUUUGAGCGGGAUCUGUUAGCAGGAAAAAUUGCCCUACUCGCAGUUCAUCGCAAACCCGGUGGGAACAUUAUUAUUCACCGAGCGUAAAAUUUAUAUUCAAUUAUAUCAUCCUUAUUUAUGCAUCUUAGCUAAUGGUAAUGUUCUUUCUUAAAGGUAACACCUUAACCAGCAUUGCAUAUUAUCUGGCCACGCACCCGGAUAUUCAAGAUCGCCUCAUCCGGGAAAUCGAUGAAGUACUGGCAUCAAGUGGUGACAAGCCCCUUUAUGACAUCGUCCAAGGAGCAGUGUACGUGGAUCAAGUCAUAUCUGAGGCCCUUCGCCUCAGUGGCCCUGCAUUCCUACUUUUACGAGAGUGCGCAGAAGACACAGUCAUCAAGGGAGUGAGAUUUCCCAAGGGUGUUGGUGUCAAUAUCCCCACGUACGUUCUUCACCAUGACCCGGAAGUUUGGGACAAGCCCCAGGAGUUUAACCCUGACAAUUUCUCCCCCGAGGCAAAGCAGAAGCGAGACCCAUACUCCUAUCUUCCGUUUGGAACAGGUCCCCGUCAGUGUAUAGGAAUGCGUCUUGCCCUGCUGGAGAUUAAGCAAGGGUUAUUCAAGAUCAUGCAGCGAUUCAAGUUCGAACGAGCCCCGGAAACAGUGCCUGUCUUAGAGCACAGAGCUGUGUUAAUUAUGGCUCCCAAGGGGAAAAUAUAUGUGAAGAUCAAGGCUCGCUAA